AUGGCUAAUGAAAUUGUCGAGGGGCAAUUUAGUGACGCUGAAGAAGAUACAAUAGGAUAUUCAAAUAAGAUUAAUAUUGAAAAGUAUGAAGGACUGUCAAUACCACAUGGUGCAGCUAAUGUUUUAAAUGAAACAAACAAAAGAAUAGACAAUCAACGAAUCAGAAAUAAAGAUAAGCAUGAUCGUGCUACGGUCGAACAAGUCUUGGAUCCUCGAACUAGAAUGAUAUUAUUUAAAAUGUUAAAUCACGGAUUUAUCAAUUUAAUUGAUGGUUGUAUUUCUACAGGAAAGGAAGCAAAUGUUUAUUGGGGUGAAUCGAAAACAGGUAUCGAAUUGGCAAUUAAAAUUUACAAAACGUCUAUUCUUCAUUUUAAAGAUCGAGAUAAAUAUGUUACUGGAGAAUUUAGAUGGCGACAUGGAUAUUGUCGUCGAAAUCCCCGGAAAAUGGUCCAGAUGUGGGCAGAAAAGGAAUUUAGAAAUUUAACAAGGUUGAUUAAAAACGGAGUAUCAGCACCCAAUCCUAUUUAUUUACGUGGUAACGUUCUUCUUAUGGAUUUUAUUGGUUCUAAUCGUUGGCCAGCUCCGAAACUUAAAGAUGCUGUCUUGAAAUCAUCAAAACCACGAAAACUUUACAGAGAAUGUGUUGAAAUGAUGUGGCGAAUCUACAAUAAAUCUCGACUUGUUCAUGCUGACUUGAGUGAAUACAAUUUGCUGUACUUUAACGAUUCAAUUGUUGUCAUUGAUGUUUCUCAAGCAGUUGAACACGAUCACCCGAUGGCUUUACAAUUUUUAAUGAAAGAUUGUACAAACAUCACUGAAUUCUUCCGCAAAAAUGACGUCGCUGUCAUGUCUGUAAAACAAUUAUUCGAAUUCAUCACCGAUCCCACUGUUACUGAAGAAAAUAUGGAUGAUUAUUUAGAUGCUGUGUCUGAAAGCGUUUUAAAUGAUGAAGAAUUUAGUGAUCCAACAAAAAUUGUUGAAGUUGAAGUUUUCAAACAAGCUUACAUUCCGCAAAAUCUUACACAAGUCGUAGAUAUUGAACGGGAUAUUGAUCUUGCUAAAUCUGGAAAACAAGAUUUAAUUUAUAAAACAUUAGCUCGGAAGAAGAAAAUUAAAGAAAUGCAAGCAGAGAAGCGGAAAGUCAAAGUGAAAAAACAUGUGAAGAAACGGAAAGAACGUUUGGCAAAGAAAAAAUAA